GGGUGCGGAGCCGAACCAGUUGGCAUUCUCAGCCGCUCUUGGCAUUACAUUGGGAGUUUUUCCCAUCUGCGGGGUGCGGAGCCGAACCAAUUGGCAUUCUCAGCCGCUCUUGGCAUUACAUUGGGAGUUUUUCCCAUCUGCGGUGUCACUGUGUUCCUCUGUGGGUUGGCUAUUGCAGUGCUUGGAUCUUUUUGUCAUGCUCCAACUGUGAUGCUGACUAACUUCACUGCCACUCCAAUUGAGUUGAGUGUUUUGAAAAGCUCGCCUAGGCGAGAAGCGAGGCGAGGCGAGCUUAUCUCGCCCGGAGGACCUCAGGCGAAGCGAACGUUUGGGUGGCUAAGCCCAGAUCUAGUGAAAAAUCUAGAACAGCCUGGUCCAGAAUCGUCCAGUGGCCAUUUCUUGGCUGGUUUAGCAGUCCAGUGGCCAUUCCUUGGCCGGUUCAGCAGUCCAAUGGCCAUUUCUUGGCCGGUUCAGCAGUCCAGUGGCCAUUCCUCGGCCGGUUCAACAAUCCAGGAGCUUAAUUCAGUCCGAUUCAGUCUUCCAAAGAGCUUAGCUUGA